UGUAGUUACAUAUAGGCAAUAACAGUUCCAAUUUGCACACUCGAGAGUUAGCCUGCCUGAAAGCCCAGCCCAGCCCAGCCCAGCCCCAAUGGACCGCAGCGAAGAAGACCAGCAGCCGACGGAGGAGUCACAGCGGUACAGGAGCCGCCAGCUGAAUGCAAGCGUCGACGCUUUGGUGGUCCUCAGACGAAACACAGAGCGCAUUAUGGACAGUGUCAUCAUGAACCUGGAUGCUCUGAACAUGGCCCUGGAUCAUCUGGAGGAGCGCACAGACCGAGUCCUUGCACAGCUGCGACAGUACAUGCAGUCCAUGGAGGAUCUGGAUCGGUCGAAUACGGCCCGAUGGCAUGGCGGAUACGGCGAUCCAGAUGCCACCAUCUAGGCAGGCAGAACGCAACCAACUCCACUGCAAAUUGAACUGUUAUUGAAAAUACAAACUCAUCAACAUCGAAUUCUGAAAAACAAAACGAAUAAAAUCUUUGCGGGGGCACAAAGACAAAG